AUGGAGACAUUGAGAAAGUUUCUGCUGCUGUUGAUGCUGUUGGCCAGUAUACCUGUGCGACUCUGUGAUACAGAUCCUCAAGAUGUGGCUGCUCUCCAGUCUUUCAUCAGUGGAUGGCAGGACUUCCCAUCAAACUGGAAAGCAUCAAAUGAUCCAUGUGGUACACCAUGGGACGGGGUUAUGUGCGACAAGGGGCGGGUGACGUCACUGAGGCUUUCAGGCAUUAUUGACGCUCAAGGCACAUUAAGCAACAGCAUAGGCCAACUCAGUGAGCUUGUUUACCUGGAUCUCUCCUACAACAUUGGAAUUGGUGGCCCACUGCCUGAUGCUAUCGGGAAUCUCAAGAAGCUUAAAACACUGAUCUUGGCUGGCUGCAGCUUCACAGGAGGCAUCCAAGAGUUAGGAAACUUGCCGCAGCUCUUGUUCUUGGCGCUGAAUUCAAACAACUUCACAGGCGGAAUUCCUCCAUCGUUUGGUUUACUCUCAAACCUCUUUUGGCUAGACCUGGCAGAUAACCAGCUUUCUGGACCUAUUCCAAUUUCCUCAGGUGGUUCUCCAGGACUUGACCUACUUACACACACCAAACAUUUCCAUUUUAACAAGAAUCAGUUAAGUGGUAGUCUUGCUGGCCUCUUCAACUCUAGCAUGAUCCUCGAGCACAUAUUAUUUGACCACAAUCAAUUGUCUGGUCCUAUCCCGCCUGAGCUUGGUGGCAUCGCAACCCUCAAAAUCAUCCGAUUAGACAGGAACAAUUUCACAGGAGAAGUUCCAGCCAACAUCAGCAAGCUAGACAACCUAAAUCUCCUCAAUUUAGCAAACAACCAGCUGAAUGGGACAAUACCAGAUCUCAGUAGCCUGAGCAAACUAAACGUGGUGGACUUAAGCAACAAUUUGUUCGAUCCAUCAGUAGCACCGAACUGGUUCUCAACUUUACAGUCUCUUACUUCAGUACUUGUGGGGAAUCCUGUGUGCUUGGAUUCAGAUUCCUCGAGUCGCUUCUUUUGCAGCCUUCAGCAAGAGGGCCUGAUAUCAUACAGCACCGAUAUAACCCAAUGUGGUUCAACCACAUGUUCCGGUGAUCAAAGUCUAGACCCUGCAACUUGCAGUUGUGCCUAUCCUUACACAGGCAAGAUGAUCUUCAGAGCGCCAUUGUUCGCUGACCCGAGUGACAGAACGACUUUUCAGCAACUGGAAACUAGUCUCUGGAAAGAGCUGGGACUGCACCCUGGUGCAGUUUUCCUUUCUGAUAUCUAUUUCAGCAGUGAUGACUACCUCCAAGUCCAAGUGAGCCUCUUUCCAUCAACAGGGACAUCUUUUGCUACGUCAGAACUGAUAAGGAUUGGCUUUGCUUUUAGCAACCAAACUUAUAAGCCACCAAAUAUUUUUGGACCUUAUUACUUCAUUGGAGAUACAUAUGUCUCAUUUUCAGGUGGUGCUGGCAGUGGGAAAUCUCAAAUGAGCAAACGUGCUAUAGCUGGAACUGCAGUAGGCUGCAGUUUUCUUCUGCUUGCCCUAAUGUCCGGGGCGACAUUUGCUAUACUGAAAAAGAGAAGGCCAGAACAAUCAUCAGGACGAGCAAAUCCAUUCGCUUCAUGGGGAGUUGCUCAAAAAGAUAGUGGAGGUGCUCCACAGCUCAAAGGAGCCAGGUUCUUCUCUUUUGAUGAACUGAAGAACUGCACCAACAAUUUCUCAGAAAAUCAUGAAAUAGGAUCAGGAGGCUACGGAAAGGUUUACAAGGGAACGAUUGAAGAUGGAACAGGUGUUGCAAUAAAAAGAGCGGAGUAUGGAUCAAAGCAAGGUGCGGUGGAGUUCAAGAAUGAGAUUGAACUGCUGUCCAGGGUUCAUCACAGGAACCUAGUAAGCCUGAUAGGAUUUUGCUAUGAACAAGGGGAGCAGAUGCUGGUGUACGAAUAUGUUUCUAAUGGUACAUUGCGAGAGAACUUGCAAGCAAGGGGAAUUUACCUGGACUGGAAGAAGAGGCUCAGGAUUGCUCUUGGCUCAGCUAGAGGACUAGCGUAUCUUCACGAACUUGCUGAUCCACCUAUUAUCCACAGAGAUAUCAAGUCCACAAAUAUCCUUUUGGAUGACAAUCUUAAAGCAAAGGUUGCUGAUUUUGGUCUGUCGAAGCUAGUUGCGGAUACCGAAAAGGGACACGUUUCUACUCAAGUCAAGGGAACACUUGGCUAUCUGGACCCCGAGUACUACAUGACGCAGCAGCUAUCGGAGAAGAGCGACGUCUACAGCUUCGGUGUCGUCAUGCUUGAGCUACUAAGCGCCAGGUUGCCCAUAACAAAGGGCAGAUACAUCGUCCGGGAGUUCAGGAUUGCCAUAGAUCCCAACGAGCACGACUACUACGGCUUGCAGGGCAUCAUCGACCCGGCCAUCCACGACGCCGCCAAGUCCGCCGGGUUCAGAAGGUUCGUGCAGCUGGCCAUGGAGUGUGUGGAGGAGUCGGCUUCAAAACGGCCCACGAUGAGCUCGGUGGUGAAGGAAAUCGAGACGAUGCUCCACAAUGAGGGCCUGAGCUCAUCCGGCUCGUCUGUCACGGAGUUCGAGCACGCAGGGCAAGCCACCGGAGGCCCAUACGGCGGUGCGGUGGUUGUGACCGGAUCGAGCAGCAGCAGCAGCAUCAUAUCGGAAGAACCAUCCCGGUCCCACCGUGGAACUCGGCACUAA